GUUUAAACGCAACUAUCCCCUAGGAAGUAAUUUUCCUAGUGUGUAGAGACGAAAUUUUAAAUGGGUUAAAAGGAACUUGAUGGAUAGAGCUAAAAUUGUUUGGUGAAGAAAGCUAUGCUAUAUUCUUUAAUACAAAAAUAUCUGAAAGAAAACGGCGUUGUAGGCAGCAAGAACCGUAUGUUACAACGCACGUGGACUCGCAUAUCAGUUGUAAUGUAACCAGUUAGUAAGCUACCUUUACAGUCUCGUGCUUGAACGAAUGAUGUUAAAUCUUCGCGAUUCUGCUGGCUUGUGAUAAAUGGUUGGAUUAAAUAGUGCAACUGGGCACCAACGAUGGCCUCUCUUGAUGAGAUAUAGCAACAUAAUAACUACAACUGGACUGUUGAAUUUGCUACUAUUUAUCCAACUCUUAGUCAUAUCUUUGGAUGCUGCUGCCAGCUAGUUAACUUAAUUUCUUGCAACUAAUUAAUAGCUAAACGCCUAAAAUGCCACUGCAAAUAUGUGACUUGGUCGACAUGCCUGUAGCUAAUCGCGUGGUUACUUGUAUGUACACGGGGGUACAACCAUAGCUUUAAUGUUGCUACGUAUUAAUAGUCAAUGUUAUAGCUAACUAGUUAUGAUUAUUUUCUUAUCUGAAUGACCAGGUUUCCAUAUGAUUGAGAAGCAGCUAUAGUUAACUAGCUACUUCCACACUGCAAUUUGGUCUCGCACUGGCGGCCUCCGAGUUAGUCCACGCAGUCUAGCUAGCUGAAUUUCUACUAGUACUACGUCUACCUGUCAAGAAUAGGAGGCGGUGGCAGCUGUGGUGUACAUUUCUGCGUUCUUUAUAGAGAUCACUGCCAGGGUGAAAUACUGCAGUUCAUGUUUCGACAAGAAGUCAGUGUACUAUAUUUUAUUUCCGUCUUGUUCUUACCUUUUCCAAAACGAGAAGAGGAAUAUGUCUAGAUAUAACAUUUACAGUCUUUUAGACUGGUUGUAUGGCGGCGUGGACCCAAAGUUUGAAGGCAACGGUGGCCCAGAAUGUGCCGCCUUUCUUGCACCCCAACAACGUAUCAGCGAGAGUAUUGUCAUGGUUCUGGUUUCCAUCGUGGAAGUUGUCGUCGCACUGAGAAAAAUCAACAUUUCUAAAGAACUCAAAGAGAUCGCGAAAGAUGGUCCAAGGAUAAAAGAGGACAGUUUGGGGAAGAACCUGUUGCUGGUUGCUUUGUGUAUGACGUUUGGAGUAGAGGUUGGAUUCAAAUUCGCCAAAAAGACAGUGAUAUACCUACUGAAUCCUUGUCAUGUUGUGACCAUGCUGCAGAUCUUCUUGCUGGCCUGUCCCCCAUGUAAAACAGCCAUGGUCCUCUUUAGGCUUCAGGUCCAUAUGCUGAACGGUGCCCUACUGGCCCUCGUCUUCCCUGUGGUCAACACUAGGCUGCUUCCAUUUGAGAAGGAGGUCUACUACAUCCAGCAUUCCUUGCUCUACCUGGUGCCUGUAUACCUCUUCAGGAAAGGAGGUGUGUACAAGCCGGAGCCCCUGGGGGACAUGUGGUGGGCUAUCCUCUCCACUGGCAUCCUGUUCCUUUAUCACUUCCUGUUCCUGCAGGGCCUUGGCCUGAUGACUGAGGUCAACCUGAACAACAUGCUGUGUCCAGCAGUGUCAGAUCCAUUUUAUGGGCCUUGGUACCGGGUUUGGGCUGCGGGUCACCAGACCCUGUUGACCCUGGUCCAUGGAAAGGCCCUGACCCUCCUCUCCCACCACACCGGCCCCACCUGCAGGUACUUGCUGGAUACCGCCAGACUGCGCAGCAAGAAGAUUGACUGAACAUCCACACACAGAGACAAACACGAACGUAGCCUUUUUCAAUCCAAACGCCUGUUCUUAUGUUGGGAUUUUCUAUCCACAUUUUUAAUGCAUCUGCCACUUUUACCAUAUUUAUUUCUACUGUAAAGAAAUAAGCAUUUCAGAGUCAAUGAAAUAUCAUUCCUUUAGUGUUUGUGCUGGAUUGCAUUAUAUGCAUGCACAAUCAUGGGCGCCUGAUUUUGUCUGAAAGUGGGGGUGCAAAUGCUUGGAAGGGGGGGCUUGACUUUUUUUGGCACCGUUUGAAGCGCUGUCACCAUAAACAUUAAAACAAUUUACUUGUCUCAGCAGCGUACAUAUUUGAUUAAAAAGGGUAGAAAUGGCUUAUUUGGUCAAAAUUACUUAACAAGCCAAGCACACAGACCCGGCGCCAGAACAGGUUUUAAGUGAUUAAGGGGUGCAGUUGAAAUCGGUGAGGGGGGCACAAUUUUUAAGGGUUCUUGCAUUGGGAUUAUAUUGAAUUCUUAUCACGCUAUAACGUAAUAAACUAAGUUCAAAUGCAGAUACUCAGACCAGUGAGUGCUUUUUGAAGUGACAGAUUAACGUGAAAUCUGGAGCCCAGCUCCACUGUGCUGUAUCAGCACAAUGGACAGCGCCCUACACAAGGCCAUUUUGGUAAUGAAUAUAGGCUACAAUAUAGGCUUUUUAUAAUAGGUGAAUUGCCUAAUGUGAAUGCAGGCGUGCACACAGCUGUCUUACCAAAAUAAUGCAAACUAAAUGCUGAAAGUAGUAGACUAGUUAUUCAUGCAAACAAAAAUACUGAAUAGCAGUUUGGCUUAGAAAAACGACACAGCGAAUGUGAACAAAUGAAUGUGAACAGAACAAAACAGAGUUAGGCCUACUAUAGGCCUAUAAACAAUAGCAGAUUAAUAAAGGCAUGACAGAAUCUAGGCUAGUUACAUUAACAGUAAACAAAAGGAGAAUGCAAAUAACCACAGUCUACAGCAGGGCUCUCCAACCCUGUUUCUCCCCCUGUAAUCAAUUAAGCAAUGCCGGCCUACCAUAAAUACGUUUCCAUUUCAGUUCCUUUUUAAAAACAUGAAAACCAAUAGGCUGCCAAGAAAGCAUACGUUCUAUUUCUAUGGUGAAAUGUAUCGAUAUGUAGCUAUCAUUUGGGUUCUUCCAUUAGAAUUAGAAUGAAUUCUACUUAUAUCACAAUAAAUGUAAAAGUUCAAAGGCCGAGACCAUUGAGUGCUAUAUCAGCACCAUGUACAGCUCCCUACACACUAAGCAAGCCCUUUUUGGCAAUGAAAAUAUAUUUGCCAUUCAUACUCUAGGUUGUUGCUGAAAAGGAUGUCACUGGCUAUACUACCAAGAUUAUGAUAAAACCAACCAGCUAGAUUGUUUCUGACCUUUUCAGAAGAGUUGCAGCCUCCUUGAUGCUCUGUGGAACUUCCUGAGUAAUCAAUCAUUCCAUUCUCCCUGAAAUCUUCUUGUAAGAUCCCCCUCAAAUGGAGGGGGAUUGGAUUAGUUGAGCUUUCCUUGAGUGUAGCAUGCUUCAUCUCCUGACUAAACACAUUUGUCAAAGUGGAAAAGGAGUUUGUGCCAGUUGCCUAUCAUUAACAAGUGUUGACACCUCAGUUCCCAUAGGACUUAAAACUUUGUUUUCUUUCCACAGUGCAGUGCAUUUCAAAUGCUUCAUGCGUUCCUAGCGAAUCCUUUUAUUCUAUCAAUAGCAUGCUUCCAGUUAGAAUACCCGCCUUGGAAUAAGGCCCAGAAAACCUGCAGCUAGGGUAGAAUUCUUUGCCAACCUGGGCUGGCUUCUUUGUUCCAAGAUCAUCAGGAACGGGUGGAGGGGUCUGUGGAGACAUUAUGCUAGUGGCGCUUGUGGAAGAGUGAGUAGGCUCUUCACGCUGAGCUAGCUGGAGCUCGGCAGCAUCAUCGCUGCUGAGCUUGGCGGCGGUUUCGUUUCUGAUAUCCAUCGUGGCAGUGGCAGAUUAGCUGGUUAGAGCAAAAUAGGAUAAUAACACUAACACCCUUUACAGCUAGCUAAGAAGCUAACUAAACUCUGUAGUGGUGGGGCUUUAACUGAACUUGACCUGCCCUUAUAAAUCAAAAUCAAAUGAGCCUAUUACAGGCAGAGGCGUAUCACAUUAUUCACGUAGCCUACCACAGAUGAGCAGCAUUUGCCCCCUGCUUUUUAUGGAAACCCAAAGGAGUCAUACCUAACCGCCCAGUAGCUUUCCUUAGCCCCCCUACACAUAUACACACACACUCUGAGGUGCGCAGAUACUGAUUUUGCGCCAACCUGUCAGUCGAUAAUUUGAACUUUUUUGCUGUUUUUAUAUAGAGACAUAAAACUGAAGUGGCUAAGCCCCCUUUUGCCCCCUCGUGGAGCCGGGUCCGCAAGCAGAGCUGUUUUAUGGAGAUCCAAAUACCCUGUGCUUUUUCAUUUAGAACAUAGUCGCAUACAGACACCACUUGGCAACAUUAUAACCGUGAAGUGGCCAUUGUGCGCUCGCAUAUGGGGCUCAGCCAGAACUGUUACGUUUGUCACUUAAUGAAAAAAAAAUUACAAUGUGAUUUAGUUGAUUUGAAGUUGGGGGAAAUAGAUGGCAAAAAUGCAGAAUGGUGUUAAAUGCCUGUAAACAGCUUGGGGAGGAAAAAUAUUUCACAGAUGUAAGCAUGUAAUAUUAGGCCUACUGGUUAUUUCUCAAAUGGACAUAUACAUUUUAAUACAAACAUUACUAAUCAUUUAAAAUUAUCCAAUGGAUGAUCAUUUUCUGGUAAAAAAGUGGGGGUUAAAACUGAUGUUUGCACCUCUAUUCUGAAAGUGGGGUUGUAGCUGCUCCAUUUUCCCCAUUGCUCAGGCGCCUAUGCGCACAAUGGGAAAGACUUCUGGAGUUUGGUAGUUCUUGAUGUGGGGCUGGCCAGAUGAAAUUUGCCUUUGUUUCUUGUUUUGUUUUGGUACGAUUUUCUGAAUACGAGAUACUUUUUAUUUCUUAAGUUACCUUUUGUAGUUAUGUUCAGUAAAACAUUUUAGAGCUCUCUUAGAUGUCAUUGUUAUUGUACACUUUAAACUCUUCAUUUGGGUUUGCCAUGCCAGUUGGCCUGGAUAUGGGUCAAGUUGACAUUUUGUGUUUGUAACAUUUCAUCUGUGACAAGUUUAAUCCAUUGUAAAAACCAUCACAUUAUGAUUGUUUGAAGAGUAACAGUUGUGAAGCAGCUUUCCCUGUCAUGAUAUCUGUGGUCAGACAGCCUCGGUCACAGCCUCUUCAAUGACUUACAUGGACAAACCUGUUCCUCACGUGCUGGAUCAAAUGGUAUAUAUGAAAGAGGCUCCUGCUUCUUUAUCCCAUUUCUCCAUCACUGAUUUUCAAAACUGCAAAGGUGAAAGAAAUAUGAUGUAGGGGGCCUUUUCAGAGACAAAGACUGUUUUCUGUCCUAUCAGAUUAUAAUGSAGGGGAAACGACAGGAAAGUAUCUUGAUGUAGGUAUUUUUGUGCAGCACGGUUGUCGAAAGGGUGAGUGGAACAAUGUCCUGUGCCUGUUGAGAGAUACAGGGAUCUUAGAGGAAGAGAUGGCCUUCAGAGAUUAUUCAUUAAAUAUAUUUAUUGUUUUAAUCAUGGGCCAUAUUCAGUGGGGCACAACUGUCAAGGUUGCAGAUUAAACUAUAAUGUUGAUUAUUCUCUAUCACAUGAGAUUGUGAACCAGGCUUGUUCUUUACUUUACACUUCAGUCUACAUUUUGAGUGUUGUGCCCCAGGUUAUUUAAGGGCCAUCCCAAUUUCAGUCCAUAUCAUGUACCCCAAUAUAUUUGUUCUAUAUACAUGAUCACAUAGUGCAUCUGUUUAUUGAUAACCUGCAUAGCUCUACGUUGUGACAGUAAUWGGGAACCCCUGUUAUAAGGGAAGUAUUACAGCCCACUGAAGAGGUUUUAAGUAGCAUUUCCUAUUCACUUCGAUCAUUGGAUCGCUCCCAUUUUGUAAUGAGGGAUAUUUGUGUUACUUUACAAGUACACAAUAAAAAAUAAAGGGAUAUGGUUUACUUUUGUAAGCUUGUUUUUUU